GCCCGCAGCGCCGCCGUUAGAGCCGCGCCCGCCCGCCCCGCCCCGGCGGUGAGCGGGCACCGGGCCCGGCCGAGGCCCGGCGGCGGCGGCGCUGCCGGCCUCACCUCUUCAUGAUCUGUAUCUCCAGCGCCCAGCGGUCGCGGUUGCGGGGGCUCAGCUCCUGCCGGCACUGCUUGAUGGCCACCUGCUCGCCGGUCUCCUGCGGACACAGUGCGGGCUCGGCUGAAAGGCGGGCGCCGGGCCGGGGAAGGGAAGGGAAAAGGGGCGGCCGCCGCUUACCUUGUUGUGCCAGCGAAUAACGUUCCCGAAGCCACCGGUGCCGAGGCGCUCCUUCAUCUCCCAGGGGCCGCAGGUCUGCGCCUGCAGGGCCGGCGGCCGGCUCAUGACGGGGCCGCGCCGCUCCGGCUCCACCGGGCCUGGGCCGCCUCCGCCAGCGCUUCCGGCUCCGGCGCAAGCGCCCGCCCGCCCUUAAAGGAGCCGCGCGGGGCGAAGGGGGAGCUGCCGCCGCCGCUCUCCGGGCCGGGGUCUCGGGGUACAGGGCAGCACCGUGCCGUUUGCCUCCGUCCCCCCGCCCCGUGUUACACCGCGUUCAGAGCCCGCGUCCUCCCGGGGUGCUGCACGGAUGAAAGCGCGGCCCCGGCACGGAGGUGUCCCGUCCCCCCCGGGGGGCGCGGGGCUGUGCCACGCUGCACCCCGAACAUCGAGCAGCCCUGCCGAAAGCCCUCCUGAAGCGGGAUCCAACUAGAGGCUCCUUAGAAGUUCUGCUCAUUGUCCACACUUGGGAGCUCCUCCACGGGACCGUUUUGUCCCCAUGGCAUGUGUCUCUCUGCCAAAGAUUCCCAGUGGAUUGCCAGCACGCUGCGCUCUUGCUUGAAACAGGAGUUUCUCAGCACUACAACUAAGCUACAGAUUGCAGCCCUCUGGUCGUGUUGGAGGUAACACACCUCUCAGUCCCAGGAGCACGAUGGACGUGAGGGAUAUGCGCUGUUCUCCACUCACUGAAGCUCAAGGUGUUCAACGAGGAAGCGUUUAGAAGGCUGAACCCGCUCUCUUAAGUGGGAGAGAGAAAGAACAACGCCGGGUGCUGUAAACCCAACGUCCCCCAGCCCGGCCCCGAGCCCCGAAGCCGCUCCGGGGGGGACGCAGGCUCCUGCCCCUGAGUCUCCACCCCCUGCGCGGGGCUCGGGGCAGGAGCCGCUGGGAGCGCGCAGAGCGGCGGCGGACAGCAGGAACCCGCUGCUCUGCAGAGAGCUCCAUCCCCGGAUCCAGCGGAGAGAAAGCAAGCAAAGACAACUUGAGAUUCGAACGUGAUGUGGAAAACACUCAGAAUGGAAGGCAAACUCCCAUGUUUGCUCCUGCUGGUGGGAGCAAUUGUGGCUGCUCAAUGCCAGGGCUUACACAUGCGUUUCAAACGGGGAGCCAGAUCCAGAGCCAUUUGCACAGAAAAAUCAUCUGGAGAAAUCUACCAGCACAGGGGGACCUGGCUGAGGCUUUCAGGGAGCAGAGUAGAAUACUGUAGGUGCGACAGCGGUUGGAGUCGCUGCCACACUGUGCCUGUCAGAGCCUGCACUAGAAUUAAAUGCUACAACGGGGGCCAAUGUUCACAGGCAUAUUAUUCCCCACAGCUCUUCAUCUGCCAGUGCCACCAAGGUUUCUCUGGGAAGCAGUGUGAAAUAGAUACUAAAGUUAAGUGCUACAAAGAUGCUGGAGUAACAUACAGGGGUACAUGGAGCACGACAGAGAGUGGAACUGAGUGUUUAAAUUGGAACAGCAAUGGCUUGAUGGACAGGAGGUACAGCAGCCGAAGAGAGGAUGCUGCUGAGCUGGGACUGGGCAAUCACAACUAUUGCAGAAACCCAGAUGAGGAUUCCAGACCUUGGUGCUAUAUCUAUAAAGGGGGAAAGUACAUCUGGGAACACUGCAGUGUGCCCUCCUGUUCAAAAGCUGGGAACAUCAACUGCAAAUCUGGAAGAGGCACAGAUUACCGAGGCAGCCACAGUGUUACCAGCUCUGGAGCUACCUGUUUGAGGUGGAAUUCCCGAAUCCUUGUCAACAAGUUAUAUACUGCUUGGAGAAGAGAUGCUUACCAGCUGGGCCUUGGUACUCACAACUUCUGCCGGAAUCCUGACAAUGACAGCGAGCCCUGGUGCCACGUUCUGAAAGGAAAUCAGCUCACAUGGGAGUACUGCAGUGUGCCUACUUGCUCCACCUGCGGCUUGCGGCAGCGCCGGGGACGCCAGUACAGGAUUAAGGGUGGCUCCUAUGCAGACAUCGCAGCUCACCCGUGGCAAGCUGCCAUCUUCGUGAAGUACCGCCGGGCGCCCGGGGAGCACUUCCUCUGCGGAGGAAUCCUGAUCAGCUCCUGCUGGGUUCUCUCAGCUGCUCACUGCUUUGAGGAAGGCUUUAGUGCAAAUCAGCUGAAGAUUGUGCUGGGGAGAACAUCCCGAGCAAUCCCUGAGGAGAAUGAACAGAAGUUUCAAGUGAAGAGCUACACUGUGCACCAGAGGUUUGACUCCGAAAACUUCAACAACGACAUUGCUCUGUUGCAGUUGAACUCGGAGGCAGAGGACUGUGCUAUUGAAACAGACACUGUCCGUGCUGCCUGCCUCCCAACACCAGCACUCCACUUGCCUGCCUGGACUGAAUGUGAGAUCUCUGGUUAUGGCAGAAAUGAAGAAUUUUCUCCAUUCUAUUCAGAGCACCUGAAGGAAGGCCAUGUGAGACUGUUUCCAGCCAGUCGGUGCACAACACAGCAUCUAGACAACCGGACAGUUACAGACAACAUGUUAUGUGCAGGAGACACAAGGAACCUUGAUGAUGCCUGCAAGGGUGACUCUGGAGGGCCUCUGGUGUGUAUGAAGGAUGAUCGGAUGUAUCUCAUUGGAAUCAUCAGCUGGGGAAUAGGCUGUGGCCGCAAAGACAUACCUGGUGUUUAUACCAAUGUGAAUCGUUACCUUGACUGGAUUCAGGACAACAUGAAACCCUGAGAAAGAAAAAUGAACUAUCCACAACCUCGUGGCCGUGCCCUCGCAGCUUCUCUUUUGGUGCUUUAAGGAUACUGACAGUGCUUCCCUUUGUGCUACGGCUUUUCAUACCACAGGAAUGUGUGGGAAGGGCACAUUCGCAAAGUUCCUCUCCUUUCCUUGUUACAGGUUAUUGGAAGCUAACACUCCUUUCCUCCCACAUCCCCAGGCUUUCUCCUUGCAUCAAAUCACAUGAGUACUAUUAAAUUUAAUUUAUAAAGAGAGUAAACCAAGAGACAACAUCAUGCAACCCACAAGCAGCUAUGUUGGUUUGGGAAGGGGUGUGAAAUGAACGCAAAGGGGACAUUAAAUUUCCUGAAAACUUAAUCUUUCUUCUUCCUUGGCUGUAAAUUUGGAAUGCAUUCCAGUCAGGCUAAAGCUCUAUCCUUAUACCACUUUACUUUGGUUAUUUAAGUUGGUUUCAGCUUGAUUCUCUGUCCUCAGAGAAAUGGUGGUUAAGUGCAGUUAAUCUUCAUAACUGAAGCACAGUCCUUGGCCUGCUCUCAAAACCCUACUAGUAAACAGAAAUGGUUGAGCUGUCCUAAAGGCAGUUUCAGUGAGGUUCCACGAAGAGCUCAGUGCUCCUUGCAGGAAACACCAAGAAAAAAUACCAAGAGAGAAAUUCCUUUUAGCUUUUCAGACAGUGGCUUAGUCCCAAGCUCACAAUCCCAACUGCGUAAAGACAUUUAUCCCCCUAAGGCACCCACUAUCCACAAUCCAACUGGCAUAAUUCACCUUCCUCCUCAAAUACCAACUGUAUUUUUCGUACAGCCCACAAAAGCCCCUCUGAAAUGACACAUUAUGACAUGUAAAACUGAACUUUAUUGAUGCCCUUGCUGAAGGUUAUAUUUGCACUGAACAUGCUAGGCAGUAUGGCAUCCAUUAGUUGCACUGAAACUUGCAAUUCCACAUGCAGGAUGCCACUCAUCCACUGCAAGUAUCCAUCACAGGCAAACCAGAAUGUGUGUUACCCUUUGCUUAGAGUCACCUUGUUCUGUUCACAAGCAUCACUGUACAUGCUGCACUCCACAGCCAGGGCCAAGUUCUGCUACCACAGAGAAAACACAUUGGCAUCUAGUGGCCAAAGAGCACAUUACAGACAAUAUGGAACACUGCAGAUGCCUCUCAGCUCGUAUUUAUGCUGUAGAGAGAUGCAGCGUGGACUGAAUAGGCAAAUCCAGCAAACAGCUCCUACAGAAGAGAUGGUCCCAGUGAAAAAUCCAGUGUAGGCUUGAAUCCACCUGCAGAGCAGCUGGUUGGUACAGGAACUGGAAUGAGGUAGGACAGCAAGAAAUACUACAAAGGUACCAAGACACAAUUACCUCAAAGACAGACAUCAGUGAGCAGAAGAACAGCAGUAUCACCUUCAUUUGUACUAGGCAGGCAGAGACAAGAAGAGUUGCCAACAAGUUACUAGGAUAGUGAUUGUCUUCAUUUAACCACGGCUUCAAUUUCCAUCAGUGUGCUGUGCCUCCACAAAAAUUCUCAUGCCUUUCUGCCUCUUCCCUGACCCCCCAGAGAAGCCAGGAGAAUCCCUACCUUCAAAUACUGAUGAAAUAAGAGAAGUAGAAUUACAUUCAGAUGUCACCACCCAUCAAUUACAAGACCAUAUGUGCUGCAGUCAGCCCUUCACAGGAUACCAUCCUAAGAUCUGGAUGGGUUUCCAGUCCAUCUCCAGAGGUUCAAGAGACUUGAUGAACCAAAAGAGCUUAUGAAAUAUGUAGAAAAAGCAUUCACUUCUUCCCUUCCUCCCUCUAUGACGCCAUCCCCAACCUCAUGCUUCUUAACUUCUCAUGCUGGGUGGGACAAUCUACCUUUCCACUUCUCUCAGUCCCUUCCAGGCAGAAUGGCUGGAUGAUCUCUCUGCUGCCAAGAACUAUAGAGCUCUCCACCCUAAUGCCCAGUGAUGGAGAAGGGCAGAUGCUGGACCAUCACACUGGAGCUGAAGUUCGGGGAAACUCAACUUUGUAUCAUCUACAAGGGCUAAAAGCCAACCAAAAUAGAAGGAAGAGGAAUUAAAAAAGGCAAUAAAACCCUAGAAUUUCCUUUAAGACAGCAAAAUGAAGGUGAUACAAGCAUACAAAGCUGACUCACUAAUCCCAAGAGACCUGAACACCUCUCGCAUCUGCCAUUGUUCCAAAUGCUUCAGACUCAGCUAGGGAUGAGAUGGUUUCAGGUCAACCUUACCUUUCCCUGCUCCCCAGCACCCUAAGCACUGACUCUCCUGCUCAUGCUACUACAGGCAAGGGAGCAACCCUGAACAGAUGGAUGGGGUAAGAGGCUGCAUCCAACAGCCGGGGACAGAAGAAACAGGAAAGUGCUCUUCCUUGCUAUCAGGAUCCUCUAGGUUCGGACUUGGAACUUGCCAGCCUUAGUCAUGUAUUUUAUCCCCUUGAAGGGCUUGUACUUCUCCCCAUACAUGUCCAAGCGAUUCACCUUCAGUCCUAAAGGCAAACAAACACAGCAUAAGACUGACUGCUGCCACAAGCAAAGCACACAGGCCUUUAAGAUAAAGGAACAGCAGAUCAUACCAGCAGUGCAAGAAAGCACAGGGAAAGUUUUAGGAAGCAGUAAAAAGGAUGGAGAAAAGCCAACAACUGCUUAUUGUCAGAAUCACUUUUUACCAACACAUCCAUACCCUAGACUUGUUUAUAGGUCUGUAAGCACGACAUGCAAGGAAAUGUAGAUAGGCUGUUUCAGAGCAUUAGAGAGAACAAAUCCAUGUAGCUGUAGUCAAAGCACACUAUUUUUUAAUACUUGAAGACCAUGUUUCAGGUAGAAUGUACUUCAGAAGGCCUGCAGAGCUACUUCAGCUAUGUGCAGAGUGAGCAAGACACGGCAGAGAAUAUUCAGCUUCUUCACCUGACAGUCACUUACCAGAUAUAGCCAGCUGCUGAAUUUUAAACUGCAGGUUAAUGGUGGGGUUUUCAUCUGGUUUCGAUGACCCAGCUUGCAGGCUCAUGCUCCCCUUCAGGCUUGGCAGCUUCUGGGGGUUUAUUUUCCCCACAUCCCAUGACAGCAACUUCAAGGAAAAAAAAACUGCAGCAGUGAAACAGAAAUGCUGGAACAGCCCCUGAAGAACAGUCCCCCUCCUAUGACAGCUUUAAAUGUUUCCUUAUGGAAAAAGUCUCUGUCUUAGUAUCUUGCCCUUCAUAUUGGACAGGCACAGUACAGGCUUGUUAUCCCUCUCUCUUUCUAUGAAGUUCCUCAAAAGCCUACCAGGAAUGGUAUUUCCACUACUUGUGCUACAGGCUCCAACCCAAAUCCACAGUAUUUGCAAAGGAUCACAUCUAUUGUGCAGUAUUAGACAGGACAACUAGAUAUCCAGAGGUUUGCAAAGCAUCCACCAGACCAAUGCCUCAUCAUACAAUACCACUUCUUGGGUUUUCUGCACACACCCAGCAACCAGAACCACAAUCCACUUGGACACUGAGCUAUUUGUUGCGGGGAUUAAGACAAUUUAUAGCAUGCAAUUGUGCAGAGAAAGUUCUCACCCCAAAAAAGGAGACAACCUUCAGAAAAGCAAUGUUCCAGGAAAUGUGCACAUAAUCAUGAACAGCUCAACUUCAUUUGCUGAAAGGUAAUAAUAAAUAACAAUAAUAA